UCUACGUCACACAUCACGUGAAAAUGAUGACCCAUAGUCUGUAUAUAUAUGUGUGUUGAUAUCACAUAUUUCAGUCCAUAUUUGAUCAUCAACUGGUGCGAUCGAGCGAUAAUCAUGAGCUAUCCAGGCUACCCAGGCAAUCCGUACUACCCCCAAGGAAAUGUGCCCCCACCCCAACCCGGAGCAUACCCUCCACAGUACCCUGCAGGUGCCUACCCCCCACAAUACCCUGCCGGGGCCUACGCGCCACCCCCUGCGGGUUACCCCUACGCCCAGCCACCAGUAGUGAGCACAACGACAGUCGGAGCACAUGGCCAGUCUAGGACGGUGUUCAGAGACCCUUGUGGUGACAAGGUCGUGGUCAAGAGGGAUGGAUUUGGCCAUGAGAAGGUCAUCGUGAAAGAGGAUCACCAUCACCACCAUCACCCACAGAACAAGACUGUGUUUAAUGACGGCUUCGGACACAAGGUGGUGGUCAAGGAGGACAGAUUCGGCAAUGAGAGGGUUGUUGUGAAGGAGAAUCACGGACACCACCAUCACAACCAUCGCUUCUUCUAGAAGAAAAGGAUAUCCACGAUAUACUUAUCUGCAAUAACAACCUAAAUAGGGGAAGUCUGAAAAAUGACGCUAACCAAUUUUUUUCGAUGAUUGCUCGUGGGUAAUGAACCAAUCAUCAAUUGUGAGAUUUCAACUGAUUCCCAACACUAGGUUGUAUGCCGAUUUGCGUGAAAUCUUUAUACCAAGGAAAUACUAUGUAUUUCUAACAUUAGGUAAAUUUAAUCUUUUAAUGUCCAGUGAUAAAAUUGAUCUUACAAUAAAGUUGGCUAUGUAUGUUGAGAUAUACAAUUACAAUUAACGGAUCGCCAGUGGAGAGUUAACCACGCCCCCAAAUGUAAGGGAGAUAACUCUCAAAAGGUCCGACAACAUAGCUGUCAAAACCAACUGUCAAAAGGGCAGUUGUGAUAUCGUUUCGAGAUAUCCCCGAUGACAUUGGCCCCAAAUAUUUAUUGUAGGCAAUACGUAUUGUGGCUGCUGUAAAACUGCUGUGUCAUGGGCCGAUGGCCUACGUGUCUUGUUGAAUAGAAUAAACCAAUGUAAUUCAAUAUGGUUCCUUCAUAAAUAACAUACAUCGUCAAUA